AUGAAGGCCUCCACCCUCUUCUCGGCUCUCGCCACCCUCGGCGCCGUUGCCGCUACUCCCACUCCGACCGAGAAGCAGCCUCCCAGCAAGCGUUCGACCCUCCCUACCAUUGAGGUCUCCGGUAACGCUUUCUACUCUGGGGGCAAGCGCUGGUACAUUCGUGGUAUCGACUACCAGCCUGGUGGCUCCUCCAAGGAGACCGACCCUCUUGCCGAUGCCGACACUUGCAAGCGUGACAUCAAGAAGUUCGCCGAUCUCGGUGUCAACACCGUCCGUGUCUACGCCGUCGACAACAGCAAGGACCACGACGAGUGCAUGCAGGCUCUGGCUGACGCUGGCAUCUACCUUGUCCUUGACGUCAACACGUCCAAGUACUCGCUGAACCGUGCCAGCCCUCAGGUGUCGUACAACGCCGAUUACCUCCAGUCCGUCUUCGCCACCGUCGACAUGUUCUCCCGCUACACCAACACCUUUGCCUUCUUCUCCGGUAACGAGGUCAUCAACGACGAGGCCGACACCGACAAGGCCGCUCCCUACGUCAAGGCCGUCACCCGUGAUAUUAAGAACUACCUGAACUCGCGUGGCCUCCGCAAGGUCCCGGUUGGCUACUCGGCCGCCGACGUCGCCUCCAACCGCAUGGAGACUGCCCACUACUUCAACUGCGGCUCCGACGACAUGCGCUCCGACUUCUUCGCCUUCAACGACUACUCCUGGUGCAACUCCGACUUCAAGACCUCCGGCUGGGACCAGAAGGUCAAGAACUUCACCGACUACGGUCUCCCCAUCUUUCUGUCCGAGUACGGCUGCAUCGAGAACCGUCCCCGUACGUUUGACGAGCUUAGCGCCCUGAUGAGCACCAAGAUGUCUGGCGUCUACUCUGGCGGUCUCAUGUACGAGUACUCCAUGGAGGGUAACAACUACGGCAUCGUCAACAUUGACGGUGACGACGUCACCCCCACCAAGGAGUACGCCGCCUUCAAGAGCGCCCUCGCCAAGUACCCUACCCCCACCGGUGACGGUGACGCCGCCACGACCACCCACUCUGUUCCCUGCCCCACCAAGGGCUCCAGCUGGGAGCUCAGCAGCAACGCCAUCCCCGACAUGCCCUCCGAGGCUGACCAGUACCUGAAGAAGGGAGCCGGCACCGGCCCCGGUCUCUCCGGCUCCGGCUCCCAGGAGGCCGGCGACAGCGGUACCGCCACCGCCUCGGGCACCUCUGGCCAGGCUUCCCCCACCGCCACGGGCACCCAGUCCAACGACGAUUCUGAUUCUGACGGUGACAGCGCUGCCCCCACCGUGCACAUCUCCGCCAUGUUCCCCGUGGUCGCCGCCGUGGCCGCCACCUUUGUCGGUACCCUCCUGCUGUAG